AUGACCGAAAUCGCAGAGAGCCGAGAAGCGUCGCCUCCCAGAGCCACGACGGGCGUCUGCCGCAAGUGUGGUGCAACGGCGGGCGAACUGUUCAAUGCGUGGCACAAGAUCACGACCUCAUACUUUCUGCCGGCUCAGGUCGGGGCCUACCGCAGCAGGCUCCGGAGGACGGGGCUCCUCAAGAAAGCAUCGAUAGGCACCGAGUUAAAUGGAUGCACCGUCAUCCCGCUCAACUGCCAACGCUGCGACACCACGCUGGGCAUCUCCAUAGUCGACGCCCCGCACGAGAAGCUGGCCUUUCGCGGCCGCGACUUGUUCAAGCUGUCCAAGAUCGAGUUGCGAUGUCAAGUCGCCCGUGACGAGUUCCUUCCAGUAGAGCCCCAGGUGCAGCUUCCCGAUUCGCUACCGGUAGUCGUCCAAGACUCGCCCAAUCCAGCAACCACCCAACCGCCAACCAUGGAAGUCGACUCCCGGCCCCAUCCUCCACUGCCCGGCCCACGCCACAUGCACUACGACCAACACCAUGACCAGCACCACCGCAGGUCGUUUGAGGCCACCAGACAGUCGUUGCCGCCGCCUCAGACGGCGCGUUCACCACCAGCACCGCUGCCACUGCAUGGUCUCCCCCACAAAUCACCAAGCAAUCCCCCAUUGGCCUCCCCGUCGCCUGCGGUGAAGCCGGUGCUGCACGAUGUCCAGUAUUCGUCGCCACAUCUGAAGCAGUCUCCAAGGGAGUCCAGUGUCGCUAGCCGACUGUCUUCAAGUGCACCACAAUCGCACCCCCACUCCCCAGUUGACCAACGACUCAAUGGCCAAGUUUACCCUCGGCCGCCCCAGGAUGUGCAGCUCGAUGCCAUCGAGCGCCUGCAGACCCAGACCUCCCAGAACAGCAGUGCCCUGGUAGCGCAGACCCGCGACAUGCGGCAGUACGAACAGACGCUGCAACAUGAGGGAGAGAACCUUCGACGCGAGUUUACCACUCACUUCCACCAGCAGAACGCCGAAAUUCGACGUGUUGACGAGGCUGUUGGAAGACUGCAGCACGAGAUGCUCGGCAUCCGCGAGCUUCUCGAAGGCCUCAGCCGCGAAGUGCAUGCCACGCGUGAGCUGCAGACCCGUGCUAGCAUUCCAGGAGGCGGACUCACUCUCAGCGGGCAGGACACUGCGCUUGAGCUCAUGGCGCAACAGAUGGCCGUCAUGAAUCACAAGACCAACGAAGUGGAGACGUUGAAGAUCACGAUUGAGAUCAUGAAGAACAAGAUUCAGCGCCUCGAGGAUGCUUCUGCCGCUCCCCCAGCUCAGGUGCCUUCGUCUCAGUAUGCUUCGCCACGGGAGGCUUCUGUGCGUCCGGUUCAGCCACCUCUUACUGCACCUUAUCGUGCACUACCAACCCAGGUGCCACAGAUUGAUAUUCCGGUUCCGUCUGGACAGCGGACUCUGUCGUACCCUUCGCAAGGCAGCCAGUCCGUUGCUGUAACUCCUGAUGCCUCGCAGAGGCCUGAGCCUGCUCAAAGUCAACCCGGAUGGGCCACAGUGAACGCCGGUAUCAAGCGGUCACAUGCCAACGGCACAGAUAGCCCUCGAGACUCUAUUGGGCCAUCACUAGCAUCCCCCGGCAAGCGUCCUAAGCUUGCUGCCAUCGAGCCUCGGGGCCCUCAUGCAGGAGCCGCCUAUCCUUAUGAACACGCAGACACGGAUGACUCAGAUGCGGCUAGGAUGCAGACCCAUCGUCACACGUUGCCUUCUCAAAGCAUCCCAGCUAGCUCCGUCCCUCCGUCGACCCUAGCUUCACAGCACCACUUCGUUCCCUAUGGCACACAAGAUGGGCCAUCCGACGAGAGCUGGCGACCUGAGUCACAGCGCGCCAUGACAGAGGUACGCACGCCUGGCCGGGGACGGGGGCGUGGCGGAGGCCCGGGUAGUCGCGGUGGGCGCGUCCGAAAAAGCAUGGCUGCCCAAUACGCGCAUCCACUUAGCACGCCAGAGUGGGAAAGGGAGGAAUGGCAUGGCAUCCCUGAAUCACAGGUCAGCCCUGAUGGGUACUACAGUGCACGCUCGGGCAGAGGCAUUGUUCGACGCGGAAGUGGUGGUAGUGGACGCGGCGGACAUCCUGGCUCCAGUGGCCGUUCUGUAAGUUUGGGCCUACAGGGCGUGACUGCUGGCGCAGGUAUCGGCUCGCCGGAUGAUCCAUACGCUCACACUAAGAAGACUCGUACCAAGCCGAUUCGGAAUGCAGACGGUGUCUUGAUCCGCAAAGACGGUCGCCCAGACAUGCGCUCGCAGUCCUCGGCUGCCAACUUGCGCAAGGUCCAUGCUCGGAAAGAAGAAGAAGAGCGCCUAGGUCUCACUCCUACCCCUUCCAAGCUUUCGACGAGCGUGAGAGACACCGCUACGCCCAGCCCAACAGAAUACAGCUCGGGAGGGCACGAUCCGACCGCGAGCCAAAAGAAGCACAACGAGCUCAUGUCUAAGAUCUUUCCCAGCGGGAUAGACGAGGUCAGGAAAGACCACGAUUACGCUCGCAAGCUCUUCGACGAAGACACGGAUCACACGGCGCAGCCGCGGACUGCGCAGCAUCAACAUCACCACCAUCAUCGCUCGUCGGAGUCGCAUGCUGCUCCGUUCGGCAUCAAGCGGGAGCACGCCGAGGAGCAGCCGCACGACGAGGACGUGGAUAUGGAUCGGGAUGGAGAUCACGCGGAUGACGAGGGUCAGACACCGGGCGGGCAGAGCGACGGCUCUGGGCAGGGGAGCCAGUACCACGACGCUGCGGAACGGGAGGCGCACCAGCCACAUCAGAAGGCGCCAAGAGAAGAUCCUGCGACUGUGCCGCAAGCUACGGGGGAGAGCUCGCAGACGCUUGCUGCGGGUUCGCAUCGUGUUGAGGCUACUGGGUCUACGGUCGCGUAA